AUGGAGGAGGAGUUGCUGGUAGAUAUGUUUAACAAAAUGGCGAUUGCAAGGAGGGCGGAUCAGCCAAACCUUGAAUUGUUCACAGGUGCCAACAACACCGAAAUGGCGGCACGAGAACUCCGUCACUGCUGCUUGGGGGCUUUCCGCCCUUGUCCGGCUUCCCUCAUGUCCUUGUCCCCACCGCGGCACUACCAAAAAGUGGUCCCAGAAUCGGGCCGCGGCAAGAUGGAGAUGAAGAAAAUGUCCGGGGUGGCGAUUUGUCAAGAUCUGUUCUACGCCCUCUCAGAUCUGAACUUGCGAACCUCGAACUACUACACCGCGGAUGAGGAAGACGAACGGAACCCACGGGAAAAUAACGCCGACUUGGCUGUCGCGGGGCGAAUGUUACGCGCACACCAGGUAUGACAGUGCACAACUCCCCCUCCCCCUCAUUUGUCAUGCAAAAUACCCAAUCCACCCUUUGCAUAUGCAUUGUGGCACUGUACUAGUUUGCAUGACAAGUUCUGGUAGCUGCCCAAAUAGCACUAUAAUCCAGUGCAAAUUUGUCAUGCAAAACCGGCACUCUUGCUGAUGCUUGUAUUGCCGUUCAUGCUACACAAAUGAGGGGGAGGGGGAGUUGUGCGCUGUCAUACCAGGACGCGGAUGAUGAUAUGGUCAACGUGCAUUUGUCCGAGUCCCGCUAUCGCCAUCCGUUUACCAAUAUGCAUUGCAAAUAUGGCUGGGUCGUGGUCUUCGAGAAGAGUGCAAGUUUGUCAUGCUCGGCUGGCAUGACUCUUAACUCUGUCACGGGUGAGCUUGAGCAGGAGAAGAGCCCUUUGCCUGUAAAUGCACAAACGCAGUUUGUCAUGCGAAAAACGAAACGGAAACACAUAGGCAUAGCAGCUCAAAAACUUGUCAACAUGCCUAGGUAGAGUGUAUUGCUGUCGUGGGUGCGCCCACCAUUCACUGAUUUGCAUUACAACUUUCCAGACCCAAACAGAUUUGCAAUUGAUAACCAACGUGACGAAAAGUAGCGUUUUGCUUGAAGCAGCGGCGCGGAUGUUGUCAUAUCCACAAAAAAAAACCAUCCCCAUCAACAACAACAUCCAAUUUGUCAUGCAAGACAUACAUAAAAUCCAGUGUCUGUCAUGCAAAAAGUGGAUAUAGGAUGGGUUUAUUUCUUCUGUGGAUAUGUCAGUGGAUCUACUUCAUCCUGAGGAUCUUCCCGCCGCCCACGGGGAGGGUGGACGAUCUCCACGUGGAGAUCUGCAAGAAGGUGCGGGACGGGCUGCACCUGCAGCGACUAUUUCCUCCACGUCUCUCCUUUUCAAAUUUCCCUUCCAGUGGGAGCUACUAUUCCGGUCCAUCCCCGCUAUUGUUAAAGAAAAAGUCUCGAAUGUGCUUCGCGUUGUACUAGCUGACCUUUUAUCGACCGCCAAAAGAGAAAGCACCAGAUGUUAUGGUGGCGUCAGCGACGCUUUUUUCAAGUAUGCUGAAAAUUUUGAUAUGCUUUUUUCUUCGCAUGACGAUUGGGGUUCCGAGCACUUGGGCGACACUCGAAGACAUCGCGCCCCGUUCCCACAGGGCCUGUGUCUAUCAGCUUGGAGGCUGGCCACGUCAAGCUCCUCCGGGACCCACUUCAUGGAGGGCCCGCCGCGUGGCAUUCGCUGUUGGCGAGGCGCCACGGCGUCCCGAAGUGCAGCAAGGGGCGCGCCCCUAUGUGUUGGUAAUGCGCAUGCCCCGCCGCGCGGGCACACUUCGAGCAAAUAGAGGCCUUGCACAGGUUGGGCAAACCUCGACGAUGCCGCGCAACAUUGGGCCGCGUUUUUGGUUUCCCAUCGAUUCGGCGCGCCCGCGUCCGUGGCGAAGCUUAGCUGGGUUUGCCGGGCCGGCCCCCCACGCAACCAGGAGGGGGCUACAAGAUUCCUUUGAACUCGGACCUUCCCCCAGUGCCAGUGAUAGCGGUAGCAGUAAUUCCUCCAAGAAGAAACGGAGUCGCAGGCCCACAAGAACAACUGCUAGCGCAACAUCCCCAACGCCCAAAGAAAGUACCAAAGCACAUGGGACAAAAAUUCAUCCACGCACAAGCUACAAACGAGGAAACUCCGUAGCAACGGUCCGCCUCUAUCCACAUGAAAAGUGUCCCUACGUACAACCCCAGCAGAGCGGCGGUGGCGGAGACAUGUUUAUGUUACUUAAUUUGCAUUGCAAAAGCCCUCUAUGCCUAUGGCCCUUACCCUGUCGCACACAGCAGCCGUCACAUAUUUGUAAUUUUAAUUUUGAGCCACCAGAAAAUUAAUUAUGAUAGCCGGAAGCAAAAUCUGUGUCUCGCAGCGGCGCAAGGUGAGCAGUGUCUGUCGUUCUCAGGGUGCCUUCCUCGCCUGGAUUAUUUUGAAUAAGAAAACACAAAAUGCGUCGCAUAAUUUGCUUCAUCCAAUAGUACAAAAAGCGUUUCGCGUGGGAGCAUCAACUUUGCGACCCAAGAACUCAAAUUGUUGCCUAUCUGCGGAUCAGUCGUGGGGCGCUUUCAGCUUGAUCUGGUAACCAAAGCGUGCCCCGCGCGCAAAGCGCUCUCUGCGAGAUGCUCACCCAUCGCAAACGCAGCGCGAAGGCUUUGGCGUUGCCAUAUGGGAGGGCCUCGGGGAUAUGCGACGACCACUCGCAAAGUCGCGCGCUUUCAAUGGGGUUUGGCCGCCAGAAAGCGGAUUUCUGAAAAGUAAGCUCAUUUUUUGAAAAAGUAGAAAAAUCCGCGCAGCCGGGUCGGGGGGAAAGGUAAGCAAAGGACUUUAUCGGCUCCGCCCAAUCUGUUUACGAAGAAAGAAGUCUGAAACUCGGGCUACGCCCGCUGCUGUGGCGCGCUUGGUAGCGGACAUUGCGCCACCCGUCGGCCGCUUCGGCCAAUCUGUACACAAAAAAAAGCAAAAGAUAGCAUACGCCUUCGCGGAAUCUAAUCGGCCCAAAAAAGCCACCGAUUUUCUCGAUGGCACGGAGGAGGAGGAACUUCUGUAGGUCAGACAGUCUUGGGGCACUUUUCAGCUUGAUAGCCUGACUAAGGGCUUGAGCAGUGCGGGGUCGAGUGCAGAAGACUACAACUGGAGCAUGCCAUCGACAAAGAAGUGGUCUACUCUUGAAGCAUUUGUAAGAUGAUCGUAAAAACUUUGCAGAUCAACAACAUCUCUGCAUUUGUAAGAUGAUAGUUUGCAGCUGCAGUGUUUUAUUCAAGCUUCCCUUAGGGAUUUUACAUUUCAAUACUUUUAUUUUUGAUAUUUGCAUUUCCUUUUCCAGAACAAAAAAAAGCAGCUCGAGAAGUGUCCUAUUACUAGCACCAGGACGUCGAGUGCUUCUUCUCGAAUGUGCUUCGCGUUGUACUAGCUGACCUUUUAUCGACCGCCAAAAGAGAAAGCACCAGAUGUAGAUAGUAGAUGAUAGGCGCCGGCGGCCAGCACUACAAGACGUAAGGACAUGAAAAAAAGGCACAACCUACCACGUCAGCACUACAACAAGUGCUAUUAUAUCUCGAGCUUCAACUUGAUCUCCCGGGUGGUCUACCCGGUAGCGUUGUAGCAAUUAUCAUAUCAUAUACUUAUAAAGCACAGCAACAGGGAGGUCCCGGGCUUUGAUAAAUUUGAUCACCUGGCUCGACGUGCCGGUGAUUGAAUGUUUUGACUUUUUUUUUCCUGUUGAAGAAUAAAACACAUCAGAACUUAUAUACCGGACAAGGUCGUGGACCGCGCUGCAAUACUAAGAACUGACGUGCUUAGAGAAAAUAUGUUGGGAUUGAUUAUUCUUCUAGUCUACUUUAGUGAAGACUUGUUGGAGAUGAAGUCUUGACCAGAAGAAGAAAAAACGCCGUGGUAGUGCAGACUGAAUCUGCAAGAGUGUGCCCGCUCUGCGGAGUUUCUUGUUCGAGUAAAAUCAUCUCAUUUUGUUCCCUGGUUGAAGAAGCCGUAGCCAUUUUGGCUCAAGCAGGAGAUCGCAAGUACGACCGGUCGUGUACUAAAACUCGGGCAGAAAAAAUCCUCGAAGAAUAUUAUCAAUACCAUGUCGUGGCUCAUCGUCGUUCCACGACCACCUGGGAGGUCGUUUUAUUUGCACGACCGUCAGUACCCUUCUUGCAGCCAAGUCGCGCCAGAAAGAGCUCCAUGUGGUCACUGGCUGUGACAGCGAUUUUUCGUUUCUGACCGCGGAAGAGCUUUGCGAAGGGUCGGCACGCAGAAAAAUCAAGAUCAAUCAGCGGCUCGGGCACGGCAGCGGCCACGUGCUGCACCUGCUCGACUUGAAGAUCCACGGCCUCCUGCUUCCGCAAAGAAAACGCCCCGCUGCUCGUCGAGCGCUCCAAGAAGACAGAGCACGACGUACUGGUGGAACAAGAACACCAACUAGUACUACAUCUUCAGGGGAACAAACAAGUCCCCACAAGCUCGACGUGCCGGUGAUUGAAUGUUUUGACUUUUUUGUUACACAAAACUCUAAAUAUGGUGCCGAAGGUCGUGGACCGCA